AUGAAAGACGCAGCGAUCUUGCGCAGCGAGCAUCUCUCUGCUGCACCUUCAUGGUUUGACCGAACAGUGCCGAUCGUGAUAACUCGCCACUAUACCGGUGGCGAUCCAUUCGACAACGGUGAAUACAAAGACAAAUAUGGCGAGAUACACGAGGAGAGGACAGCGGUUCUGAAUCGCCUCACUGGAAUCGCAGAGCACCUUUUUGCUGCCCAACACCGCGUCUUCCUCUUCAUGCUCCUUCUCAUCGGCCGCAGGUUCCGUCUAGUCCGGUGGGAUCUCGCGAGAGUCAUCACCACUUCUUCCGUCGAUUAUUUCGAUAGCUCAUCCACAAUUUGCGAUAUCUUAUGGCGCCUGUCCCUCCUUGACGCCACUGCGGUACGCUUCGAUCAAAGCGCUACCCGUGUUCAGCUUGGAGACGUCGACUACCUGCGAAUGGAUCUCGCUGCUGCCAAGAGCCCCGCCGAAAUAGAUCAUGAGGACUUCCUCGUCGGCAAGCCUAUGUUCCGGGCUGGCGGAACAACGGGGCGUAAUACUCGCGGAUAUGUCGCCUUGGACUGCGAAACCUGGGACGCGCUCCGGAGGCUAAACGAGGCAGGGAUAGAGAACGUACCUACACUUAUCUGCCCCGGGAAUGUCUGUGGUCAAACCACUGUGACGACCGAGUGGUGGGAGCGCAAGAAUCUUCCGUCUAACCAGUCGUCAUACCCGUGGUCCGACCCUGCGUCCCAUCCGUCAUCUCUGACUUUGGCUGGCUCAGCAUCUAUUAGCAAACGGAAGAGACCUGAGGACGUCGCAAAUGUCGCGGCACCGUCACAGCCUGGUGGGCGACGCGCCCCAAAUACCCCGACGCACUCCAAUUUCCCGCUCAGGCAGGAUAAGCACUACCGGAAAGUGGUGGAGGAAGUUGCACUUCCGCUUAAGAACAUUCGGAACUGGCCUCCGUUGUCUUGGACGCUAUUCGAGCCCAUCACCAAGCGGCUACGAAUCCCAAGACUCGACUUCUACAUCGUGAAGCGCGACAGUGACGGAACAAAUCCUGCGAUCGUCUGGACUGGUCUUCUUGUCGACUGGGAGCUGUCGAAAUCCAUUGACGAUGACCAGGCGCCAUCGAAAGCGAGUCAGGCGGAGCGCAUGGGAACAUACCAGUUCAUGUCGGUCAACAUCUUGACGAAUCCUUUGACGCCUGUCCAAGUCUCGGAUGAGCUCGAGUCGUUCUUCCAUGUCCUCCUCUACUAUUCCCUCCGCUAUCUUCGCUCCAAUUGCAAAUGCCCGACAUCGUACAUCGAGAAAUAUUUCGAGAACUACGCCGGCCCCGGGCGCUUGCAUACGUGCGGGUGGAAGUCGUGGGCUAUCGAAGUCGACUACUUCCUGAGCAACCAAUACCCCGCGUGUCCGCUCCUAUUCGACAGUACGAUGUACGAGAUACUUGGCACUAUUAUGAAGUGCUUCCAGGUACUCUACAAAGUCAGGAAGGCCAAUGGUCGGAAGACAAGACCUCCGCCGCUGCCGCCGAAGCUUCCGCCACCCAAGCCUCCAGCUCGGAUUCCUGUGAUUCGCUUCUUCGGCGACGACGCCAAGCUAGCAAGAGCCAAGAUGCCGGCUCCUCCACCAGUAGAUGACACUCCAACCUCGGAGGAUCGGGAACGAGCGAAGAAGGUUACGGACCACCAGUUCAUGAUCGAGCACAUCACGAAGACGCUCAGUAGCUCUGAGUGGCCAGACGACGAUUGCGCACCCCCACCUGCUGUCAAGACGCAGACUUCUGUCUCUGGAUCUCAUGGCCAGAGUGCGAGUACCCGGACCUCCCGACCUACGUACGUGAGCAACAAGCGACGGCGGAUCGCUGGACCGGAAAGACACGUCUCCCUUCCUGCGCGCCUCCAUGCGUCAACACGGCGCACGCGUGUCAAGCCGUGCACCCUCCCCGUGAGCGCUGCGUCAUACGAUUCCUAUUCCCUUGGUUACGCUUGA